GCCGAGAACAUUGCACUCUUAUCUAUCCUGUCUCGAGCUCCUACUCCUUCACAGGGCAACCCCCGGCCGUCCACGGAGAAGGAUGCUGGACGCCUGCUGUCCUUCAGGCAAGAGCAACGCUUGGCCGAGGUUCUUGCCUUUAUCUCAGGAAUAUCAGAUGACCCGACACGCGUUGUGGCCCUCUGUGUUGAGGAAUUGGCCAUUGGAAAGGGAAUUCGAGUCGUUAUUGCUAUUAAUAAAACCGGUCCGGAGUCUGGAAGCGACAUCUUACAGCGCAUCCAAAACGGGCUCAAGAACCUAUUCAGCCACCUUGCCCAAGUCAAUGACGAAAACUCGGCAAUGGUCGAGCCGCAAAUUCUGAAUGCUAUCUCAGACAUGUGCGAGAAUCGGAUCUUGGGUCGUAUUAGCUCAAAGAGACUGGGCGCAGAUUACGGCAAGCAAGGCAAGACCUUUCUCGGCACAGCGAUCCAGCAAGCCGCCGAUGCUGUCCGAAAAUACGGCGACAAGAAAAGAUUCGGACCGGCGAUUGAAAAGUUCCUCCGGGAUGCUGCGGGUCUGCAGCGGCGUUUGACCAGGUUAGAGGCCUGCGAAACGGGAGACGUGCCAUCACAUAUCGGGGAGGUUAUUCGCGCCUGUCAUCAACUCAACAAAACUACCAAUUUUGACGAAUUCUUCUCAGGGAUCACUACAAGGCAACUGGAUCCAAGCUCGAAAAAAUACCUUACCACCCGUUUGAGCAAGCUUGCCAGGUACCAAGAGUGCUUCCUGUACCUGCUCAAGUCCGCUAAAGCGUAUGGGAUUUUCGAGCAAGUAGACGUCACUGCAGUCUCCCCUGAGCCAGAGUUCUUCAGCAAAUUCAAUCUGCCUGCAAACCGCAGCCUCACUGGUUGUCUUUCACGAUGCCAGAAUGGGGCUUCGGUUAUUUUCGGAGCUAAGGCGAUUAGUAAAAAGCUGAACUUGAAGCUAGAUAUCAUCACGCGGGAAUUUACAUCAACAAUCGAGAAGGUCCAACAAGGGUCGCGGGUCCAUGCCGAAGUGCAAAUCGUCUCCCACUACGAGCUCCAUCCCGCUGCCAAAAUGCCACGGAUCAUAUGCUCGAGCAAGAACGCGUGUUAUCUAUGUAACCUGUUCAUUCAGCUUCAUGGCGCAUUCUACAUUCCAAGGACUCAUGGCAAUCUGUAUUUCCGCUGGCGGAUGCUAUCAAUCCCAUCACUAUCCCAGCUCCAGGCCCAGCUCAACAGUGCCUUAGAGGCCCGAAUAAGGGUCGCCCUCCAGAGUAUCAUGGCCGCUUCAAACCCGAGACGAGUGCUCGCCCCAAACGAGAACGAAAGUGCCAUCUUCCCGUUCUCUCGGUCUAUGUCCUUGGUGGCUAGUUCUCUGCUGUUGUCUCAGGCAGCAUCUAAGCGCAACUCGGCUGGCACAUCGACAGAUGAACCGCCAGCAGAACAGGAGACUCAGCCAAGUUCCCCUGAACUACCACUACAGCCUCUGAAGCCCGCGCUGAGGCCUGAAUCAAAUAACAUGACCCAGCCCAUCCCCGCAAUCCCUCUCCAAACCCAACUAUCACGCCCUCCUCUCCCGGUCCCGGUGUCUCCUACCCACCAUCGCCCUCACCUGGACCUCAGAUCCUGCUCACCCCUGACCAACCCACCUCAUUCCUCAUCCUCCCCACCGCCACCACCACCGGUAGCAGUAGCAGGAGCAGUAGCACGAACAUACCCACCUACACCAAGGCCU